GGGUGGCACUGCCCGGCCGGGGACCCUCGCCCACCUUGGCAGCUGCAGAUCGGGCAUCGUCGGGCUUCCUGACCCUCCCUGCCUCCAUGGAGCCUUUGCCCGGGUGCCCUCGCCGGGCCUCCAGCCCCAGCGCCGAGCUUCGCCUGCAGCCGGCCGAGGCCUUGCCCCUGGCACCGCCCCUGGCACCGCCCCUGCCCCUCUCCCCCAGACCCCCGAUGAAGAAGCAGGCGGUGAAGAGGCACCAUCACAAGCACAACUUGCGCCACCGCUACGAGUUCCUGGAGACCCUGGGCAAGGGCACGUAUGGGAAGGUGAAGAAGGCGCGGGAGCAGUCUGGAAAGCUGGUGGCUAUCAAGUUAAUCCGAAAAGAUAAAAUCAAGGAUGAGCAGGAUUUGAUGCAUAUCCGGAGGGAAAUCGAGAUCAUGUCCUCUCUCAAUCACCCACAUAUCAUCUCCAUCCAUGAAGUGUUCGAGAACAGCACCAAAAUCGUGAUCGCCAUGGAAUAUGCCAGCCGCGGGGACCUGUACGACUACAUCAACGAGCGCCAGCGGCUCAGCGAACGGGAGGCCCGCCAUUUCUUCCGCCAGAUUGUCUCGGCCGUCUACUACUGCCACAGGAAUGGUGUCGUCCACCGGGAUCUCAAGCUGGAAAACAUUCUCCUGGACUCCAAUGGCAACAUCAAGAUUGCAGAUUUCGGCCUCUCCAACCUGUACGAGCGAGACAAGUGCCUUCAGACAUUCUGCGGGAGCCCCCUCUACGCCUCGCCUGAAAUAGUCAACGGGAAACCCUACACAGGCCCUGAGGUGGACAGUUGGUCCCUCGGUGUCCUCCUCUAUAUCCUAGUGCAUGGUAUGAUGCCCUUUGAUGGGCAGGACUACAAGACCUUGGUUAAGCAGAUCAGUAAUGGGGAGUACAGAGAGCCCACCAAGCCCUCAGACGCCUGUGGCUUGAUCCGCUGGAUGCUGAUGGUGAACCCCACACGCCGGGCCACCCUUGAGGACGUAGCCAGCCACUGGUGGGUCAACUGGGGCUACCCAACCCCACUAGGGGAGCAGGCCCUGGGCGAGGGCAACAUCGGGGGCGGUGGCAGCAGCGAGUCACCACUGGCCUCUGUGGCCGACUGGCUGAGGCGUUCUUCCCGUCCCCUCCUGGAGAACGGCGCCAAAGUCCGCAGCUUCUUCAGACACGGAGCGGGGGCUGGCGGGCCGGGAGGCGGGGGCCUGGAGCGCCAGUGCUCCCUCAAGAAGUCCCGCAAGGAACACGACGUGACCCACACCCUCCUGGAAUGGCCGGCCGGGGAGGCGGCCCCAGGACCUGGCAAGGGCAUCCUGAAGCUGCCCAAGGGCAUUCUCAAAAAGAAGACUUCACCCCCAGCCGAUGGGCAGAAGGAGGAGACUGAGGUGCCCGCCGUGCCCCUUCCCGAACUCCCUGCCCUCCCAGAGCCCCCCACCCCGUUAGCCCCCAAAAAAGGCAUCUUGAAGAAGCCCCGGCAGAGGGAAUCGGGCUAUUAUUCCUCCCCGGAACCCAGCGAGUCCGGGGACCUCUUAGAUGCGGAUGCUGGUGAUGUGUUUUCCAGCAGCCCCUCCCCCCAGGAAGACCCCCCACAGCCUCCGGGGCUUCCCUUCCACCGCAAAGGGAUUCUGAAGCACAAUGGCAAGUACUCUCAGGGGAGGGCUCUUCCCACCUCGGCCUUUGGUUCUUUGGACGAGCUGGCCCGGCCCUUGGCAGCCCCCUCCCGGUCCAGCCGCCCCUCCAGCGCCAUCAGCGAGGACAGCAUCUUGUCCACCGAGUCCUUCGAUCGGCUGGACCUCCCGGAGCGGCUGCCGGAGCCGGCCCUGCGGGGCUGCGUCUCGGCGGACGACCUGCUGGGACUUGAGGAGGAGGAAGAGGUAGCCCCGGCUGCGGGGUCGGAGACGGGGUCAGGACAGCGGCCCCUUAGGCGCUGGGCCGCGAGCCGGGGCCGGGAGCCCCUGCGGGACAGCUGCUUCUCCCUGACGGACUGCCAGGAUGUCACCGAGGUGUACCAGCGGGCCCUGGCCAUCGGCAUGAAACUCAGCUGAGGGACUGGAGAUGGCCGGAAGGGCCGCUGGCCACAACUCCUGGGGGGGAGAGAGAGAGACACAUGUUUCCUCCCCUGCAUGGAUCACUUCCUCUGGCAGGCAGUGAGGCCCACUCCUCUGGCUUGAACCUCCCAGAGGUGUGGCUCGAAGGAGAGGGAAGGAUGUCUCCCCAUUCCUGGGAAUUUAUAAAAAAAGGUAUAAGCAUGUUUGAGGCAGCAGGGCCAAGGGUGAGGAGGGGUGGCCAGAGAGAGGGCUAGGAGGGAGGCAAGGAGGCAUCCAUCAUGAAGGGAGACAGCUUCAUCAGGAAAUGGAAGGAGAAUCUGCCUCUCGCUAUCUCCAGUUGGGAUCUGGGCCCGGAGCAGGCCUGGGCAGAAGAUGAGUACUAGGGAAAUGUUGGGAGAGAGCCAGAGUUGUGUUUCAGGGGUCACCUGCAUAUUUGGGAGAGAAGGUUGAUGGCAGGGGCAUACACACCCCUCCCCACCCAGCAACAACCUAUGUGUAUGCCCCCAGACAGUGCCCUAGACCUAGCCCUAUGGCCAAACUCCCAGCUCUAAGACUCCCCAGUGAAACUGGAAAAGUGUCAGGGGUUUAAUAGCUAUGUAGGAUUGAUCUCCCCGGGGAGGGAGAGGACCUGGGUUCUAAUCCCAGCUCUGCCACUUGAAACCUUGCACAGAGCAUGGCUGGUGAGAAGAGUCCGUACUUUACUGUCUUCUUCCUUCUGAUGCCUGAGCAUGAGGACCCAAACAGACUCCCCCUUGUCCCCUUGUCAUUUCCCCCUGCCCCACCCACUCCCCUGGGGCAGUUGCCCCUUGACCACUGGAAUAGAAAGAACUAGGUUUUGCUGCUGUCCCUCCCCUCAGCUUGCUCACUCAGGACUUGUGCUGGUCACUCAUCUCACUCUGGGCCCCUGAUGGUGGACAGAACCUGGAGCCUCCUCCAUCCCCCCCAUCCGAAGUUCUACCAGCCACAUCCAGACCCGGUCUUAGGCUCUUGGCUACUGGCCUUUACAAAGGGUCAGCAUGUCACCAGGGCAGGGGUCCUCCCACUCCCCGACUGGCCAGGUGGGAUCUUCUGAUUAUCAAUUUGCCUUGCAAAGACAAAAAAAGAAGGGCCUUAUUUAUUUUUUUAUUUUCAGUAUUUUUUUUAUGAAUUGUUGAUUUUGUUGUAGUGUUCAAGUGUUCUGGGGUGAAUUUGUGAGAUUACUGUAGUAUAUAUUUUUUUAUGCCCUCCUGAUGUUCAUGAGAAACAUCCUGUUUCAGAUGCUGCUGUUCAUUGCACUGUCUCCUGGUGAUUUCUGACCCCCCUCACCCCUCUACCUUCCCUCCUACCUCCUCCUUGGAUGUUGUGGAUUCUUCCCUUUUCUGGGCUCCAGAAAGAUCCACUGUAUUAAAAGCAGAAUGGAGGUCUGAG